GCAAUAGUGGGAGAGGGAGAGGGAGAGGGAGAGUGAGAAUGGGUGGAGGGUCUUUCUUGUUCCUUCGGAAGAUACGACGGCGCCGGCCCCGGCCGCGGCCCAAGAAGACGACGGAGAUGCAAUUGCAGCUAGUCGACGCUCAUAACAACAACAACAGCUCCUCCGUAGCUGUCGUAUCUGGAAAGGGCAAGAAGAAGAUUUGUGGUUCACGGCUCUGGAUGCGUUUCGAUCGAUUUGGUCAUACUGAACUGCUUGAAUGCGACAAGAGUGCCAUCAUCAAGCGUGCUUCCAUUCCUGCGAGGGAUUUAAGGAUCCUUGGCCCUGUCUUCUCUCACUCCUCCAAUAUCCUUGCCAGAGAAAAGGCCAUGGUUGUCAAUUUAGAGUUCAUAAAAGCCAUAGUUACUGCUGAAGAAGUGCUGCUGCUUGAUCCUCUGUGUCGAGACGUUAUACCUUUUGUAGAUCAACUAAAGCAACAACUUCGACAUAAAAGCCCAUUUGGAAUUCGAGAGGCUGGCCUAGAAGAAAGCCGUCCUUCAACUGGUGGACAGUGGUUGCCUGUUCCUGAAACAGCUGAAGGUGUUCAACAUGAGCUUCCGUUUGAGUUUCAGGUCCUUGAGAUUGCAUUAGAGUUUGUUUGUACAUAUUUAGAUAAUAGUGUGGCAGGCCUUGAGAGAGAUGCUUAUCCUGUCCUGGACGAACUAGCGAGGAAUGUUAGCACUAAGAAUCUUGAACGUGUCCGAAGUUUGAAAAGCAACCUUACCCGUUUACUUGCGCAUGUACAAAAGGUGAGGGAUGAGAUUGAACAUCUUUUAGAUGACAAUGAAGAUAUGGCACAGUUGUAUCUAACAAGGAAGUGGAUCCAGAAUCAGCAGUAUGAAGCAUUGAUGGCAACGGCGGCUUCAAAUAGCAUUGUCACUCAUGCACCUAACCUGCGUCGACUUAGUUCUAAUAGGAGUGCAAGUAUGGGUACUAGCAAUCAUUCCGAUGAUCAUGAUGUAGAAGAUCUGGAGAUGUUACUCGAGGCUUAUUUCAUGCAACUGGAUGGAACUCGUAAUAAGAUACUAUCAGUACGGGAAUACAUUGAUGACACAGAGGACUAUGUCAACAUCCAACUUGACAACCAGAGAAAUGAACUUAUUCAGCUCCAGUUGACAUUAACCAUAGCAUCGUUUGCCAUAGCUGUUGAGACCUUGAUAGCUGGAGCAUUUGGCAUGAACUUGAACUGCCAAUGGUUUUCCAUCAAUGGCAUCUUCGGCCCUUUUGUUGGAGGAAUCUCAACAAUGAGUUUCUUGCUUUUUCUGCUCAUGCUGGGUUAUGCCCGAUGGAAAAAGUUGCUUGGGUCAUAAAUGAAGUGAAGUGAAGGUUGUGUUAUAGUUCAUUCUCAGGGUUUUUGCUUUGGCAGAACUGUCUAAUUUUACUAGUCACAGCUAGUGUCCUGAUGGUGAGAAAUUCAAGAAAUAAAUGCUGGUAGUUGAAAGAUAUUUUGCAGGUAUUUUCAAUGCAGUCUACUGAAGUUAUAUGAUGAUAUGUAACAGCUGUUGGUGAUUAGUUGAUGGCAUUCUCAAUAGUGUGCAUAGACAAGGACAAAGCUUGCUUUGUUGAUUCAGAUGGGUUAUUAGGUGUACACAAUGUCCUUGACAUGGAACAACAGUGUGAGAUGUCAAGAAUUACAAAAUUUUCAAUGGGAGGGCAAAAGUUA